UUAGAAUCUGCACGAUUUUCCAACCCUAGAAAGAACUCAUUAACCUUGCAGGGGAAACAUAGCCAUCCCCCAUUUCAGUGACUCUUUGUUUUUAUUUUAGAUUGUCAAACCAAUUCUAGAUGGAUGAAUGUCAAAAUAUUUUUCUUUGAGGUAUAUAACUGACGCAUAUAUUUCAGCAGCACCCAUUCCGGUUAUUUUGAAGUUAGCCAGGACCAAUAAUUGAGUUAGGAGGAAAUCAGGAUGGCGAAUCUCAGACAAAUAUCCACAGCAACCUUAAUUGUAUUUAUCUCAGUAUACCUCGGGGAAGCAAGAAGUGUGGAGAAGCGGAGCGUCUUUCAGAUGUGUGACCUGAUUCAGUUUUACACUCAGAAUUCUUGUUACGAUUACAAUGACUACGGCUGUUUCUGUGGUUACGGGCAGGUCGGUUAUAAGGCAGUGGACAGGGUCGAUGGUUGCUGCAGAAAACAUGACUCGUGCUACGGGAGAGUAAAUUGCUACUUCGGGGCUCAGUUUGUCCCGUUUGGGUCAUCAUGCAAUUCUACAACACAAGAAUGCCAGUGCACAGAUUCCCCUGGAUCCUGUGCCCGUGAUGUGUGCGAGUGUGACCUAGAAUUCGCUUCCUGUCUGAGGGGUCAGCCUGUUCACCCCGUCUUCAUCAACUAUGAUCGGACUCAGUGUAAAAUGAUCCCCCCAAAGCUUAUUAGUCAACACUGACUUUGUACAGUCUUAAUAAACGUAUAUUACUCAGCAAGGUUAAAA